UAUGGUGCAACAACCUAAAAGUAUAAAUGUUAGACUUUCUGUUAAAAUUUGUAUAAAUGUUUAAAAGUUAUCCCAAAUUUUGAAUUUAGUUUAAACAAUACCUAUUUUUAUAAUUUACUCAAAGUAGUAUCAAUUCCUCGAUAGUUUAAAAAUGGCAGAUGCUGGUAAAGACAACAAUGCAGCUCUGGAAUGGUUGAAAUUGAAAACGGACAAAGGUCAAAAACCAGAUUAUCAAAUUAAAGCUGAAAGGGAAGACGUAGGCAACAAAUUUUUGAGGAAAUUUAAAGAAAACCCAUUAGUACCCAUUGGUGCAUUGGUCACUGUUGGUUUUUUGAGUGUAGGUCUAAAAAGCAUGUAUGAUGGUAACAGAAUUAGGUCUCAGAUGAUGAUGCGAGGGCGGAUAGCAGCACAAGGAUUUACUAUUGCAGCUUUAUUGGGCGGUUUGUUUUUUCAAGGCAUGAAAGCGUUGAAAGAAGCUGAAGAGGAUAUUCAUGAAACUGAUUUAAAAUAGUGAUUUGUACCAUAUAACUAAUUGUUAUACAGUCCUAUUAUUUGUUUUUUUUUUCUAGUACUUAAUCAUUUUACACAAAUUAUUUGUGAACACAGUAUUUAAACAUUGGCRUUUGCAUUUAUCUAAAUAUAUAAACAUUAUUAUAUGAUUAUUUUAUAAAGACUUACAUGGAAAAAAAUGUACAGUACCUACUAAAACUAAUUGAAAUAGGACCUUUGGGUGCCAAAAUCAAUUUCAUGGAAAUUUGAUUCCUCAUUUUUACACUUCUCUGCCAAGUAAGUACUAUGUAAGGGAAAAAACAAAUAAGAUUAUCAAAGAUUUGGAUUUGGAUUACUAUAAUUUGAUUUCACAUAAGAUGGAAAAUAUAUACCAACUGUAAAGUUAUCACUCGUGUUGAUGAGGCAAUUUUUGACCUAUUGAGAAAUUUUAAAAAGAGCCAUUACCGAAAAAUCUGUUAGGGUGAUUGUGACAGCAAAAAAGAGACUCAUUAUCCAAAUACAAAUGAGGGAGAGCCCACCGAGAACUUACCGGUUUUCCGCCAGGUUAUCUAACCGUGAAUAAAUCUAAAGGUUUCCAGAUGUAUUUCAUGAAGAUUACCUACUGUUUGUUGUCAUCAUUCAAGAAUCUUUUUAUCAAUGUCAGAACACCGCUAUAAAGGUUGAUUUAUUGGUACAAAACACAAAUCACCAACUUGUUACUAGUAUUGAGUGUUAUACCUAUAUUUSUUCAACUUAUACUAUCUGAAAAUGUUAUACUUAUAUCCCAUUAUAUCUUACAUAAUAUCUUAGUAGAUUGUAUAAAACAUUAUAACCAUAAAUACCAAAAUUUAUAUAAUAUAUUUUGUUUACAUAAUGUAUUUAGUUGAAAUCUAUGAUAUCUAG